GGGGCGCUGCCUCAGCAACCGCAGCCGCUGCCUAGACUACAGGAGCCGCGCCCAGGGGGCAGCCCGGAGUCGGGGAGCAGCGAUGAGCAGCGACUCGGACCCUGAGUGCCCAGUUGACGGAAAUAUUGGUCAACAAGAUAUGGUUCCAACUAAGAAGAGCACUGUUCUCAUGGAUGGGGUCAUACUGAAUGGUCCCACAACAGAUACAAAAGCAAGAGAGAAAUUUGUUGAAGAGGCCUGGAGGCUAAUAAUGGAAGAGGUGGUUUUGAAGGCUACAGAUGUCAAUGAGAAGGUUUGUGAAUGGCAGCCUCCUGAACAACUGAAACAACUUCUUGAUUUGGAGAUGAGAGACACGGGGGAGCCACACCACAGGCUGUUGGAACUCUGCCGGGAUGUCAUACGCUACAGUGUCAAAACCAACCACCCAAGAUUUUUCAACCAGUUGUAUGCUGGACUUGAUUAUUACUCCUUGGUGGCCCGAUUUAUGACAGAAGCAUUAAAUCCAAGUGUUUAUACAUAUGAGGUGUCCCCAGUGUUUCUGUUAGUGGAAGAAGCGGUUCUGAAGAAAAUGAUUGAAUUUAUUGGCUGGAAAGAAGGGGAUGGAAUAUUUAACCCAGGUGGCUCAGUGUCCAAUAUGUAUGCCAUGAAUUUAGCUAGAUACAAAUAUUGUCCAGAUAUUAAGGAAAAGGGGCUUUCCGGGUUGCCAAGAUUAAUCCUUUUCACGUCUGCAGAGUGUCACUACUCCAUGAAGAAGGCAGCCUCCUUCCUUGGGAUUGGUACUGAGAAUAUUUGCUUUGUGGAAACAGAUGGAAGAGGUAAAAUGAUACCUGAGGAACUGGAGAAGCAAAUCUGGCAAGCCAGAAAACAGGGAGCAGCACCCUUUCUUGUCUGUGCCACCUCCGGUACAACUGUGCUGGGCGCGUUUGACCCUCUGGAUGAAAUAGCCGAUGUCUGCGAGAAGCACGGCCUCUGGCUUCAUGUGGAUGCUUCUUGGGGUGGCUCAGCUUUGAUGUCCAGGAAGCACCGCAGGCUUCUGCAUGGCAUCCACAGAGCUGAUUCUGUGGCCUGGAACCCCCACAAGAUGCUGAUGGCAGGAAUUCAGUGCUGCGCUCUCCUCGUGAAAGACAAAUCUGAUCUUCUUAAGAAAUGCUACUCUGCCAAAGCAUCUUACCUAUUCCAGCAGGACAAAUUCUAUGAUGUCAGCUACGACACAGGAGACAAGUCUAUCCAGUGUAGCAGGAGACCAGAUGCGUUCAAGUUCUGGAUGAGUUGGAAGGCCCUGGGCACAUUAGGCCUUGAAGAAAGAGUGAAUCGUGCUCUUGCUUUGUCUAGGUACCUGGUAGAAGAAAUCAAGAAAAGAGAAGGAUUCAAGUUACUGAUGGAACCUGAAUAUGCCAAUAUUUGCUUUUGGUACAUUCCACCAAGCCUCAGAGAAAUGAAGGAAGGGCCUGAGUUCUGGGCAAAACUUAAUUCGGUGGCCCCAGCCAUUAAGGAGAGAAUGAUGAAGAAGGGAAGCCUGAUGCUGGGCUAUCAGCCCCACCGGGGGAAGGUCAACUUCUUCCGCCAGGUUGUGAUCAGCCCUCAAGUGAGCCAGGAAGACAUGGACUUUCUCCUGGAUGAGAUAGACCUGCUGGGUAGAGACAUGUAGCUAUGGCUUUCGGUCCCCCAGAGGCAUGGGUUCUGUCCCAGAGAGGGUAACAGAUCCAGUCUGGGGCACUUAGGGGAUUCCAGCCCUUCUGGUGAGAAAUAGGAAACAUACCCCAUCCAGGCCCAGCAAAACCAAAAUGCUAAGUGAAUAGUGUUAAGGACUCUAGCUGCUUGGGCAUUACAAUUGCUAUAAAAGAGGAAGUGAAAGAUGCAUUUCUCAAAGAUUGUCCCUGGGACAAAGAAUUGAAGAGAUUAAGAAGUACCAGGUGGUGCCUGGAAUCUAAGCUUUCAUUGCUCUCUAAAUGAUGUAUAAAUUAAUUGUUUAAAGCAGAGUUUCUUAAAGUGAGGUCCCUGGACUAGCAGCGUGAGCAUCACUUCACCUGAGAAACUUGUUAAAUAUGCAGAUCCUUAGCCCCGCCCCAUACCUCCUGAAUCAGAAACUCUGGCAGUAGGACCCAGUCUUCUUCCUGUGUUUUAAGGAACCCUCCAGGUUCUCCUGAGGCAAGGUAAGAUCUGAGAACUAGUAGUUUAGUGAAACUUUAUAAUGACUGCAUAGUCACUUUGAUGUUUUGCCAACAAAGGCAUAUCUAAUAUUUCAGUGGUCCCUGAGCUAGUCUUUGAAAAUAUAUGUAGCUGUGGCAUCGGGAGCAAAAAUGUUUAGAUGCAUCAGAAGUAUAUCCAAGCUGCUGUUCAAAAGAGAAGCUACACACAAUGCUUACUUUAUAAAGAUUUAUUCAGGGUAAAUGCUUAUUCUCAAAAGUUGAAAUUAACCAUGAUCUAUUCUAGAUUACUUAAGAGAUAAGGAUAAAAGACAAACACUUUGUGGCAUGGUCCUUUAAAUCAAAGCAAUAAUCUUAAUUCACGUCCAAAGAUCACUGUGUCAUCUGCUCAGCGUAGAUAUUAGACAUAUAUGUCUCUAACUUAUGUACCUCUUUGAGCUUGAGGGGGCCGUUUCUUAGCUCGCACUUUGCUUGUUGAAAAUAAUCAGAAUGAAGUCCACGAUGAUACAACAUUCCCUUUCUUAAGCUUUGAAAUAUUGGUGUAGACUAAUAAGUGAUUCACAUUGAGCAGAGAAUCUGGGAAGGCCUUUCAAACACCUCCUCCAUUUCCCCUGGGGGUAGGUGACAGUAGUUCUAUCUCUUGUCCUGCUCCUAGAAUUCUGGAAGAAGCUUAUUUGACUAAACGACAAACACAAUUUAGAGGUGCGGUUGCAGAGUUCAACUACGUGAAAUUAUGAAUAUAAUUAGAACUCUGACUAAGAAGGCAAAUGGUUGAAGUGUUCAAAUAUUAGACUUAGUACAUUCGAUAUCCUUCUCAUAAUCCAUCACUGGCUUGUGCUGUUCAAAUUUUGGAGAGUAAAAAUCAGAUAAUGUACUCUUUGCUUUUAUUCUGUAGUUUCAUUUUGGGGUAUGUGGUUUCUUUAAUAUCUCCACUGGUCAAAGAAUUACU